UCCAAAUAAUGUAUCCAACUGAGGUUUCAAGAAUCCAAUAUCCACUUCCUGCAAAUCCAUCCCCAUACUCAGCUCAUUUCAGCAUGAUCCAGACGAACACACCUUCGUUCGAGUUUAACAGAUUCUCGAACACCCUUCAUAAUUUCUACAUCCCUCCCCAAAUCUGUGAAAUCAAUCCCCAUUCAUCAUGUAUCUGCAGCAACUCGACGUCGGAUGAAGCAGAUGAGCUAGAGCAACAACAAAGCCUCGUCAACGAGAGAAAGCAAAGGAGGGUGAUAUCUAAUAGGGAAUCUGCACGUAGGUCACGUAUACGCAAACAAAGGCUCCUAGAUGAGCUAUGGGCACACUUAGUUUGGCUCAGGAAUGAGAAUCAUCAGCUCAUAGAUAAGCUCAACAAUGUUUCGAAAACCCAUGUUGAGGUGGUUCAAGAGAAUGCUCAGCUCAAAGAGGAAGCCUCUAAACUCCGUCAGAUGCUCUCAGAUAUGCAACCGAGUAGCCCUUACUAUUCUUUGAGAUACCUUGAAGAUUUCACCCUGGAAUCUGGUUUAUCCGACAUCUAA